AUGGUUGAUACAGCAACCGAGGAGGAGACUAAAGUAAUAGUUGAUGAUAAGAAUAAGCAAGGAGGAGGAGGUGUAAAGAAAACGAUACAAUCACCAAAAGAAAAGGUUAUAAAUUAUCACAACAAUAACAACAACAACAACAAGAACAACGACACUGUACAUACAACCAACACAUUAAAUAAUACUGAUCAGAAAAAGAAAAAGAACAAGAAGAAAAAGAAAAAGAAUAACCAACAACAUCAACAACAACAACACAAGAAUGAUCGAGGAGGUAAUCCAAAUUAUAACAACAACAACAACAACAACAAUCAGAGAGAAUAUGAGCAAAUGCGACGUCGUCUUGAUUUUAAUAAACUUGGUUCCGACUAUAGUAGCUGUGAUAAUCAUAUGACCUAUUGGAAUCAUCAUAAUAAUAAUAAUAAUAAUAAUAAUAAUAACCAUCAACAACAACAUCAGUUCACACGACGAAAUUAUACACCUGCUGCAAACGGUCAUAUGACCAAUAGCAGAUCGCCCUACCAUCGAAACCAUCAAUCAAAGAAUAGGGGCAAUUUUGCGAAUCGACCAAGUUUCAAGAAACAUGUGAUAAAAAAGUAA